CCUACAUUGUAACAACGCCAGGACAAGCCCUACCAAGACCCAGCGAUCCUCACUGGGCUGGCGUCGCCGACGGACUCGCCACCAACACGACCCAUCACAUGGAUACACGAGCUUUGCACAGCUGCAUUGGCUGGCUGGACAUGGCUGCGCCGAGCUUCCUGUAUCGCCAGAGCUCUUCCUAGUGCACUUGCGGCUAACUGCAAAGGGGUGCCCCGCCGAGCCACGCAAUGAGGGACAACGAGGCCACCGUCCUCGUCGGCGAAAAGUGCAUCCUCGUUCCCUACCGCAGGCAGCAUGUGCAACGCUACCACGAGUGGAUGGCCGACCCGGUCCUGCAGCAGCAGACCGCGUCGGAGCCGCUCAGUCUAGAGCAGGAGUACGAUAUGCAGGCGUCGUGGCAUGACGAUCCGGACAAGCUCACAUUCAUCAUCCUCGCCAAGAGCCCCAGCCUCGACCGCCGCGGCAAUGGCGGUAUCAGCGGCACAGACCAUGCAAUUGCAUCGGCGGCACCGUCAUCGCCACCGUCACCGUCCGGGCCGCGCGAGGGAGAGAGCAUCGACGAAUGGCUCCAGGCCUGGCCCAUGUGCGGAGAUGUCAAUAUGUUCUUCCAGCCCGCUUCCGAUGACGACGCAGAAGAAGCAGAGGGCCACGCAACAUCAGCCUCACCGUACCUGCCAACACCCAAGCUGCUCGACGCCGAGUGUGAGCUCAUGAUUGCAGAUCCGCAGUACCGCCGCCACGGCAUCGGGCGCGAAGCGCUGCUGCUACUCCUCACGUACGCCCGGUGCACGCCCUCGCUGUCCAUCUACCGCCCGCCUCCGCCCCGACCGCGCACCCAGGAUCUUCCCGCGCAAGCACAGACCGACGUACGUGUGCGCUUCAUGGCCAAGAUUUCCCUUGCGAACGCACCGUCGCUCGCGCUCUUCCGCUCGCUCGGCUUCGCCACCGUGCGCAUCAGCGACGUCUGGGCCGAGGCCGAGUUGCACUUGCGGGACGAGGACGUGCAGACUCUCAUCCGAUCACAGCUGCCGCUCAAUACGCUCAUGUGGCCUGUAGAUAGUUGCGCGUGAUUUUGGAACUAAAUGGGGUGGGAGUGCGCGCCUUCGCAUGUGCGCGGAUAUGCCGCCGCAAGC